AUGGACCCUCGGCAAUCAUUAUCAAGGACAACGUCGUCCGGUGUUGGAACACCGCAGAACACGUACAAUCCCAAUAGUAUGGCGUCAGCUUAUGCCAUGCCUCAGUAUCCGAACAACACGCAUCUUCCACCGAUCAACUACUCGCAACUUCCACCUGCAGGUCAAAACUACAUGCCUCAACAAUACCGCAACGAGUUGCCUCGCUACACCUCUGCCCCAGCAAACGCACCUGUCCCGUCACCAACUCCUGACAAUCGUUACAACUCGCAGAUGAACCCCCAGGGUUCCAUGGGCGGCUUGCCACCGACUUCCAUGUUGCCAUCUCCUCACCAACAACCUCAGCAGCAGCCACCCCAGCAGCAGCAACAACAACAACAAUCACACCAGGCUUAUCAUCAGCAACCACCACCUCGCCAGAGCUACCCGCAACCUCUGGCUCCUGCACCGCCUCGACCGAACAUCGAUUCGAUUGCUCAAGGCUACCCCCAUCCCGAUAACCGCCAGCAACCGUGGUCCGGCGCCGAGUCGAUGCCGGGCAUGACAACAGAUGUCGGUCGCGACCCAACAAGAACACACGUUGUGGGCUCGCAAGGAAGAAGAGGCAUUCUGCCCAGUGCACCCGGCCGACCACCGGUCAUGCCCAAUGGAGUUAAUGGUUCACCAAAAAGCAAUGCUGUCCCUCAGAAAGACGCAGAUGGAAAAUUCCCGUGUCCCAACUGUACCAAGACCUAUCUUCACGCAAAGCACCUGAAGCGGCACAUGCUGAGGCACACCGGUGAUCGACCAUACAUGUGUGUUCUGUGCAACGAUACGUUUUCCCGAAGUGACAUUCUGAAGCGCCACUUUCAGAAAUGCUCUGUCCGUCGUGGUAACCCGACUGGAGCAAGUCAUUUGUCCAACCCUGCCGCUCAUCUCAAGAAGUCUCAGCAAGCUGCUGCAAAGGCUGCUGCUGCCGCCGGUAAUUCACCAGCAAAUGCAUCUACUCCUACCAGCGGAGUGAUGAAUAAUCCUCCCUACACCACUGCUACAAUGCCUAGCACGUCCGCACCGACAACAACCGCUCCUGCUCCUGGAAUGGCCUAUGGCAUGUCCUCCAAUGGUCAGGGCGAUAUGCAGCGUCAGGGACAGAUGCAACCUGGUUCCGCACCAGGUGGUAUGGAUCCUAAUGGGAACACCUCGUGGUCGAUGCAUGACGCUCGAAACAGCCAAAUGAUGUAUCAGACUUCCACGCCUCCCACUCAUUACGGCAUGCAGCCCGGCGGAGGGGAUGACAAGCGCAACGUUAUGCCUGGUGCUCAUCACAUUGGAGAUGAGUGGAACCACAUGUUCCACCCCAGUGGUAACGAGGGCUACAUGAACCCCAUGUUUGGCGGAUAUGACCAGUCACAGGGUGAAGUGAAAAAAGAUUAUGAGUCUCAUGAAGGUGGAUCGAAUGGUUACUACAUUCCUUCUACGAGCCUUGGAGCUGACGGUACGCUUGGACCCCCUCUCUGGAACCUGCAUGCAUCUCGGCAAGACUUGUUGCAAGCCAAGGUGAACGCCUUAUUAACGUUUGUUUUCCCUGGUGGAAUACAGGAAUCGCUCCAAGAGCAACAAAAUAACCUCUCAAUCCAAUCCUGCCUAACCGUCGACGCCAUCCAACAUUAUCUCGAUCUUUUUCCGAAUUUCCAAGGUCAUUUCCCAUGGCUGCAUGUAUCGACCUUCGAUUUCCUGAACUCUUACGACGGCCUCGUCCUCGUCAUUAUCUGCAGUGGAGCAGUAUAUUCUGACCGUACUUCGCAAAAUCAGGUACGAGCAUUGAUGCAACGUGUGAAGCAAGGCAUCGAACGAACGUCAAAAAUCCUCCAGAAUUUGGAGCUGGGCAUACCACAGUCACAAUUCUCACCGUCGGGCAUCGAAUUCCAAGAGCUACAAGCGCUGACAAUCCUGCAAGGCUUGUUUGUCUGGCAUGGCGGCCCUGAAGACAGAGCACUUGCACGUGCUGAAAGUAAAAGAAUCAUGUACCUGGUCAGACAAUUCGAUAUGUUGACCCUGGCUGGCCCAAACGAUACUGUCGGCUACAGCUAUCUCCACAGUCUUCAACCUGGUGAAGAAGCUGAUCCUUCCCGGUGGGAUUGGCGUUCAUGGGUGGAACAAGAAAAGCGAUCCCGGUUGAUGUUCAUGGUCUUCUUGUGGGACGCCGCCAUGUGCAUAUAUUUCAAUGUUGCCCCACAAUUCUCUUCGGCUGAGAUCAAAUUGCCCCUUCCCUGUGACGAUGCUGCCUGGGAAGCUCAGGAUGCUGAGACUUGUGCGCAGGCUCUAGGCCUUCGAGGUCAAGUUGCACAGUCGCGGCUCAAUGUCACUGGCUCGCACCGGUUAAAACAAUUGGAGAUGCACCAUGCGAUGAGUGCCUUGCAUAGUACGUCAGUACUCAUGCACCCACGGACUACCAACAUCUAUUCCAAGUUCAUUCUGAUUCACGCAUUACACGCCGAGAUUUGGCAAGUCCAACGCCAACGUUCAUUCAUCAAUCCUACGGGGUCCCCUGGUGCUGGUGAGGAUUCGGCCAUGGACCAGUUUAUGAGCAUGUACAAUUCUAUCGAUCUGGCUCUUGCUCGAUGGAAGCAUUCUUGGGAUGAGGAUCUGGCGUUACAAUAUCCUCCGAAUGAUGGAUAUCACCAAUUUCCUAAACGCGCUGGCUUUUGUCGAGAUGGCGUCCAUUUCUACUGGCUUGCUCGUGCUUUUCUUCAACCUGAUCGAGCUCACGAUUGGCAAUUACCUGCGGACGCUCGCUUGCAGCAGACGCUACAUGGACUGAAAAAAGCCCGCGACUGGAGCCGAAGCGAUGGUGCUCAGAGAGGUGAAGAGCCCGGCAGUGUCGCAUGCAUUGACGACAACUACGCGCUAGCGAGCCCGGUACUAGACAUGCGAAAAUUGUUUCGUCCAUUGCGCAUGGUCUCUGAUGAUUCGCUGGCGUCUUCUCAAGAUCUCUGA